UCAAUUUGACCAUUUACGUCCUGUGGUUACCUCGCAGUGGGCGUCAUUGGGAAAGACACUCCAGUAUCUGCCUGCGGCCACAACUCCCACGAAUACCUAUGCGGCAGAUAGACAACGCCUUGCUCCUGCGCAGCCUGCGUGUCCCGUCUCGAAAGUUUAAGGAAAUUCCCCUGGCGACUUUUCCGCCGCACGUUAGUAGAGGUGUCCCGGGGUGAAGACUCCCCAACCACCCCGGUCUUAACGCCAACAACGACAAGGAAUGCGCAUUUGAAGGAACUAUUACCGUGGCUGGUCUUAUUACGUCUUUGCACUGGAAAAGUUGCGGUGCCACUAUUUUACGCGUAGACAGUUCCGGGUUUAAACUCUUCUCAAGGCGCGAUACCAAUGGAAUAAGUUAUGUAGCUUUGGCAAACUAACCAUGACAGGACGCACUAUCGCUGUAAUUGAAAUGACACUUGUAUCUGACGCAGCAGCGCGCCUAAAUGGACAGGAUCGUGUAGAUAGCGCUCCAAGGAGGAACCCAGAAUCAAUAGCAUUAUUAGAGCACAAUGUUGCCGCCGCGAACGGAAAUGCCGUGCCUGGUCCUGACACUGAAGCUCAGACGAGCCCAAACAAGAAAAAGGAAAGUGCUGUGUGCAGGUUAAAAGAAGAGCUAAGUGAAAAAGUUUGUGAUAUAGUUCCACUGUGGGCUGUCCUCCUCCUCAUUUUUAUCACCAUCAUUGUUUUAAUUUUUCUGGCACUUUUCUUAUGCACAGUUAUUUACGAAGACGUUGACGAGAAAUAUGACCCCACGCAGUUUGGAAUGCUUCGGAAUUUUAGUGGGAGUUUCCGGUUGCCCAAUUUCAAUUUCACAGAAGAGCUCCUUAACCUGACGUCCAAUGGGAGUCCAUCGCUUACUGCAGAACUGGAAAAUAAGCUGGAUGGCCUCUUUAGAGACUCCCCUGCCCUGGGAAGAUACUUCUCAAGGAGUCAAAUAUACCACUACAGCGAUGGCCCUGUCACAGCCUUGUUCCGUCUGAUGUUCCGGAUGCCUGAGGAGAAGGAAGAGGAGGAGGGGGGGCAGCUGACACACUUCACCCUGAGCUGGGAGAUGAUAUACAACGUGCUCAGGCAGUUUCUAUAUGACCAGGAAGUGGACCCGUCCGACCACACGUACAUAGAGCCCGCUUCUCUAAACAUAUCUAGUGUGGUUACAAACAGAAAAGACUGCCAUUGCCUUUAAACAGGCAAUGACAGUAUAAAACCUUGAAAUAUGAAACACGUCCACUGCAGUAUCUUCCGAAGGCACAUUUAUAUUUUAAAAAGAAAAGUUAAAUCAAUCAACUUUCUUUCCAAGUUCUAAGCAGUUAGUCGUUGCUACUCGACAAACAAUAAAUCACAAAAUUAUCAGUAAAAUUUUAAAGUUUGAUUGUUUAAAUUCAAAUCUGAAAAUGCCUUCAAAACACUUCAAUUCAAAUCUUUACUGGCAUAUUCAAAACAACUAUGUCCUCAUUAAUAGUUAUUUCUUCACGCUAUCAUUGUAAAUAUAUAGUUCCCUCUGUUUUUUAGCAGCUAUUGCACUAUAACGAUGAAUUUUAGCAAAAAGAGAUUUAAUUUGAUAUAUUGUGAUGGCCCUCGAUAUUGUGAAACCUUUGAUAUUAUGAUAUCACCAUAUUUUGGUUAUUGUUGUAUCUUUACCGUUUACAUUACAUUUACAAUUAUAUUACAGGUUAAAGUGUGUAAGUAAACGCACAUUUAAGAGUGUGACAGCCCUGGGAGUGAUUUUGGUCUGCUGGCUCUAGUAAUUUUACCAUCACAUACAAAAAAGUCUAGAAUUUGAUCAUGCUUUUUUUUUUUUUUUUUUUUUUUUUUUAUAUAUAUAUAUAUAUAUUCUGUAGUGAUCAAAAUUUUUAAUUUCUUCUGUUAAAGAAUGGGUCCAUUUAAUAUAUUAUUCUUUUGAGUUAAAUUGAUGUCAGUUUUGAUAAAUGCUGAACCAUAAACCAGGUCAAGACAGUUUUUGAAAUUGCCCAAAACCUUAAUCUAAACACUAACAUAUUGUAUUCUAAAUAUAGUGGGCUAGUCUAAUCAUUUGAUGUUCUCCUAGAACACUGACAUCACAAAGCUGUAAUGUUAUUGUUAUGUUUUUGUAUUAAUUUAUUGUUUUCUAAGACUGUCAUGUUGUUGUUAUGUUUUUGUAUUAGUUUACUGUAUUCUAAGGUUGCCAUUUGAUGAUUACCGAGGAAGUGUAAGAGUAUUUCCCAGAGUACACAGCUGACUGGAUGGUGUCUGGUUAUCAUGUGGGAUCAUGCUUCAGUGUUUGCAGCAGACCACAGACACGUCACAGUCACUGGAUCUGUCAGCACUAACCACGACGACAUUACAUAGUAACAUGUUUAUUUAGAGCCCACAGCCUCUGAGAAGUCUACCAUUGAUAGUGUGUUUAAGUGUUUAAUCCUAUGAAUCAAAACUAGGAUUGCAAAGUGUUAUUGAAAGUAUUAAUAAUUAACACAUCAAGAUGAAAGCACAUGUACAAAAAUCGAUUUAUUUUUGCUGAGUGAAAUAAUUCUAUGCAUCCAAAAUGGCUUUACCAUUUGUAUUUGGAUAGGAUAAACUGACCCCGUUGUGUUCUCACAUAACAUCACUGGAUGUCUUUUAUCUUGGCUGAAUCUGGCGUCAAAGACGAGUGAUUUACACGUUAACCCUAUUGAAAGGCGCGUUGACGCGCGACUAAAGUUCUGCGGCGCAAAUGAAGCGAAUUGGGCAACGCGAUUCCCGCAUUUCCCGCGGCGCGAGUCAAGCAUGGAUCUUAACUUUCUGCGUCUAUUCGUGUCGCGUCAACCAAUCAGCAGCAUGUUUUGAUACUGGGGUGUCUGAAGCGCAGCAGAGCUUCAACCACCUCCUAGUGAUCAUUUUCAAAGUUAUCAUUUGUGCACUUAUGUCUGUCAUUGUUGGUGGUAUUGCCAUGUGAAUAAUAUGGUUUACAGGUUUGAAAU